UCCCCUACUUGCUUCGAUCUACAUGGCCGCCAUUCCUGCAACUCAUCCUCCAUAGCUUUCGCCUUCAUAUCCUCUGUCAUAUACACGCAUAUAUGUAUGCAUUCUUACAUUUCUUUUCCGUGAGUUUAAGAUUUGUAUAAAUUUCUGAAAUCCCCUUUUUGAAGUGGAUGAAUUAUCUGUAGUAUUGAAUGGCUAAACCACCCCCAUCUUUUUUCACCAACAUAUUCCUUCGUAAAAACCCUAGCCCCAACCCCACAAUCCUGAAUCGCAGUCUAAGCAUUUUAGGAACUAAUGCGGGUAGCGAAGGGUCUGUCUCAUUGAAUUCGGAUCAUGUUAGUGAUAGUAAGCAGCAUCGUUUUAGUGAGAUAUCAAAAGAUGUUUCGAGAAUAAUACGUACACGGCCGAGAUGGGAGCAGACUUUGUUAUCCGAGUUCCCGAGUGUGAACUUUGCUGAUCCUAAUUUGUACUGUGAGGUUCUGAAGCGACAAAAGAAUGUGAUGGUGGCGCUUCGGUUUUAUCGUUGGGUUAGUUCUCAGAAUGGGUUCUUGCUUGACCCGGUUUCCUCUGAUGUGAUUUUUACUGGGCUUGUGAAAGCCAAGGCUGGAAGCCUGGCAAAAAGUUUUCUUGAGAGCACAAAGUAUGCUCCAGAGCCUAGUAGUUUGGAGGGGUAUAUUGAGUGUCUUUGUGAUAAUGGGUUGAUUGAGGAAGCCCUAAUGGUUUUUGAUGAAUUGAAGGGAGUUGGGCACUGUCCAUCACUGAAUGCUUGGAAUUCAGCCCUAUCUGGUUUGGUAAAAGUCGGAAAAACUAAUGCUGUUUGGAAACUGUAUGAGGAUAUGAUGGGUUGUGGAGUUGCAGGCGACGUGGAUACAAUUGGGUAUUUAAUCUACGCAUUUUGUUUGGAUAGGAAUUAUUCAAAAGGUUAUGAGCUUCUGCAGCAAUUGUUGGAAGGUGGGCAUGUCCCUAGUAAUAUUGUGUUUAACAGAUUGAUUUAUGAGUCUUGCAAGAACAAUGAGUUCUUUAGAAUGACAGCUCUUCUCUUUGCCAUGAUUGCCAAAAAUUGUUCUCCAGAUAUAUACACUUAUCAAGAAGUUAUUCAUGGUGUCCGGGAUUGCAAGAACAGAGACAAGCUUGAAGUUUUUCGAAUUUUUGAAUAUAUAAAGGACAGGGGAUAUGCUCCAGAUAGGGUUAUGUAUUCUACGGUAGUUCACAGUCUUGCCAAGAGCAAUAUGUUGGGCAAAGCUCAAAAGGUAUGGUCCGAGAUGAUAAAGAAGAGAUUUGUUCCAGACGAGUAUGCUUAUAAUGCGCUGAUACACGGGUAUUUUAAAACAGGUAAUCUGAAGGAGGCAGAAAGGCUGCAUAAGGAAAUGCUUGAAAAAGGAUUUGUUGAUUCCACAGUAACCUUCAACAUCUUGAUUGGUGGGUAUUGUGCAAAUGGAAUGUUUAAGAGAGCGUACAGAUUGUUUGAACAUAUGGGAAGAAAAGGUGUUGUUCGUGAUGCUAUUACUUACAAUUCCCUAAUUCAGGGCUUUUGUGAGGGUGGAAAUGCUUCUUAUGGUCUAAAAAUAUUUUAUGAUCUUCUAGGGCAUGGAUUGCAGGCAUCAACUACCUUGUACAAGGCAUUAAUUGAGAGGCUUUGUGAGGAAGGGCGUGUUGAGGAAGCAAAAUGUUUUUUGAAGGAUAUGGUGGAUCAAGGUCUGGAACCUGCAAUAUGUAAUCACAAUUCUAUCAUAGUUGGCUUGACAAAACAAGGAAAAUUUUCCAAGGGGAUAGAAUGGCUGGGCACCAUGAUAAAGAGUAGGCUCAGACCACAAGGAAGGACUUUAGAGAGACUAAUUUAUUCCCUGUCUAGAGCAGAUAAGUGGGAUGAUGCUUUACUCAUUUUAACUUACAUGCAUAAAUUGGGGUUGCAGCCAUCGGGUACCUUGUACAAUGUUUUAGUUAAGAAACUUUUUGAGGAAGGGCGUGUUGAGGAAGCAAAGCGGUUUUUAAAGGAUAUGGUGGAUUGAUGUCUGGAUCCCAAUUCUAUCCUAUCAUAGUUGGCUUGACAAAGCAAGGAAAUUUUUCCAAGGGAAGGGGUUGGCUACCACGAAAAAGGGUGGGCUCAAACCACAGGGUAGGACUUUGAGAGACUUUAGCGAUUCGUUCAUCAUCAUCUGCUUCAAAAUGGGCUUUUUUUUUUCUUUUUUUUUUUUCUGCAAAAAUGUGGGUUGUGCGUUUCUUGGCGUUUUGAUGCUUGCACAUUUGAUAUUCGCAUUUCGAUUGUGCACCCGUGACUGGCUUGAGUUCUUGUGAAAUGUGCAGUUUUGUUCUUUUUUGUUCCGUUUCUUGGUGUGUUACUUGGGUUAUCUGGAGAAUACUGAGCUAUUUGAGUUCUGAUGAAAUGGCAGUUUCAUCAUGGCUACCAUCUUUCAAUGACCGCAAUUUGAGGAUCCCAACACAGUUCUUUUUGUUCUGAUAUCUUGUGUUAUGGAAUAAUUUGUAACUCUUAGAAAUAACAUAGUAAAGAUGAAAGUUGUGGAUAUUUGUUUAUUUUUGUGACUUAGUGUUGGCUUUUUAAGUUAUAAUCAAGCCAUCUUUGCAUUAAUUUCUUUCACUGGAUGAUAUGCUUGCUAUUUCAAAUUUUUUCAGUAGGGACUAGGUGAAUAUGGCACAGAUUUUAGCUCCUUCUGCCCAAUGGCAAAUGAGGAUAGCCAAGAGCUCAACCGAGGCUUCUCCAAUGGCUUCAAAGGUGUGGGGCUCUGUUGUAAUGAAACCAAAUAAAAGACUUGCAGUAAAAAGCUCUGCUAAGUUCAGAGUGUUUGCGCUGCAGCCUGAGAACAGCACUGUGAACCGGAUGGAACAGCUGCUAAAUUUGGACGUUACUCCAUACACUGAUAAGAUCAUUGCUGAAUACAUAUGAAUUACUGAACAAGCUGGAGUUGUUCUCUCACUUGAUUGCAUCCAAAGCCUAUAGAGGGUAACUGGAAUGGUGCUGGGUGCCACACCAAUUACAGGUCUGAAGAUGUUAUGAAUUAUUCCUACACUCAGUACCAAGAGUAUGAGAGAGGAAGGGGGCUUUGAAGUUAUCAAGAAAGCAAUUCUGAAUCUCUCGCUUCGCCAUCUGUAUCACAUCAGCGCUUAUGGAGAAGGAAAUGAGAGAAGGUUGACGGGAAAGCAUGAAACUGCCAGC